AUGGGUCUUCCAAUCUUGUCAAUCGACCCCCCCAAAUCGACUCCAUUUGUUGCUGUAGAGUUUGAUACCUAUCAAAAUCUGGGUUGGGAUCCACCCAGCAUCACACCUGGAACUCAUCUGCAACAAGAGGUUCGUACGAGAAACAUACUGUCAAAUCAUGGUCGUUCAAUUCGAGUUUGCAAAUCGGUGUGCCAGGCAGUCCUUCCUAGUCCCAGUCCUAGUCCUAGUCCCAGUACCAAUCCCAGUCCCACACCGAAAUCCAAUCCCAGCACCAGUCCUAGUCCUAGUUCUAGUCCUAGUACCAAUCCCAGUCCCACACCGAAAUCCAAUCCCAGCACCAGUCCUAGUCCUAGUCCUAGUUCUAGUCCUAGUACCAAUCCCAGUCCCACAGCGAAAUCAAGUCCCAGCACCAAUUCCAGUCCAAGCCCCAAUGCAGUUAACUCUGGUAUUGGAAAGAAGACGAGUGGUGGGAUUGACUAUCAGAUUAUCUUCUUUGGCUGGUUGGUUGGCUUUGCUUGGCUUUAUAUUGUGGGAAAGUAG